AAUCAAGUACCAGCAUUACGCGUUAACACCGCCAACCGCCACUAACCACUACCAGGGAACCAAUGAACCAAACAAAAAGUAGGCUUUUUGUCUUUGGCGCAGUGAACGUGUAGCUUCGAAAAUUCACGGUACUAUUACGUGUUUUAUGCCAUCCAAAUAACUGAAAAAUACGAAUCACAAAUAACACCUGCUUCUCCGCGAGUGGACAGUAGUUUUACCUGUUUUUAAAAGUGACUGGUUGCAUCAGUAUAGCGAUGGUUUCACCAGUGUGACGUUUGACCUUUGUAAAUAUCUGUUUCGUCUGAUUUUCUCUGCUUUAAAACUGCAUAAAUAUGUCAGGUGAAAAACUUAAUGGACAUAAUAAAGGUGCGCGGUUAUGUCACAUAAAGAAAGUGGCUAGUUUUGAUGGGUAUGGAUUUAAUUUACAUGCAGAAAAGGGUAAAUCAGGCCAGUAUAUAGGCAAGGUCGAUGAAGGAUCUCCAGCGGAACUGGCUGGCCUUCGACAGGGCGAUAGAAUUUUGGAAGUCAACGGAGAAAGUAUUGGGGACAAGACACAUAAACAAGUCGUCGAACUUAUUAAGCAAAAUGCGAAUGAAACGAAAUUAAUCGUAAUCGACCCUGAGGAUGACUCCAUUAUAUUAAGUAUUAACAGUGAAGCAAAGCAAAAUGCAGAUAAUAGCUCCAAUGGCAAACAAGAUGAUAAUUAUUCCAACCACAUUCCAUCAAUUAAGAAGGAGAGGGAAAUGAAUAGUACCUUGAAUCUCAGCAUGACUGCCGCUGAACUUCGUGCUAAGUUAGCGGCGAAGAAAAAAUUCGACCCUAAGAAAGAAGCUAUGGAUUUCAAGCAAAAAUUUGAUAUCGUGCAAAAGUUAUGAGACUGUGUUGUGAGUUGAAUGUAAAUCUAUGUAUAUUGUGUAUGUUGUUUCUUUUUGUCGUGUAGCGCAACUUAGUUUUAUAAAAAGUCAUCUAGCAAGAUCUAAAGGUUUGAUUAUGAAUUAUAGUGUUUAUUAUAAUAUACUAGGAUAGGUAUACCAGUAAUACAGUAAUGAUUCUCAAAGCCUAAGAAAUAAUUGAUACGCUAAUAUUAUAAACCACUUAGAUGAAAGAAUUAAAAAGAAGAUGUGAGUAAAUAACAUAA